AUGGAUUCUUCUGCAUUGACCUAUCAUUUCAAUCGCUUCAGAACCUCCGCCAACUCGUUCCUAUCCCAAUAUGAACCUCUCACUCUGCUUCUCGGUCCUUUUCUCUCUCUUCUUCUCGCACACGUCAUUCGCUCCUUGUUCUGGGUUCUCCAUGACAAGCGACUCAAAGCCACUCUCCUAGGGUUUUUCAUGACCUCUAUCAAAUUGAUCCCUGCUGUUAAGAGUCGUGUAGAUGCUGAGAAAGAAACGGAAGGUCAGAGUGUCGAUGAAUACUUUGAUUUGUUUGUGGACCCGACUGUCAAUAAUAACUAUGGGAAUGUCCUUUUUGCAAACAAGGCUACACUUUUAUUUGUUAAUAACUGGGCGUACACUUUGUUUAAACAAUUUGCUGCUUUCUUUAAACCAUGGAUUGUGGAUGAGUCCUCAGUAGAAAAAUGUGUCUCGGAAGAGUUUGAAGCGGGGGGUCACAGAUGGAGCCUGUCCAUAUACCCAACUGGGAACUUAAAAGAAGAUGGUCAGGAUCAUGUUUCUAUUUAUUUGGUGCUUAUGAAUCCAAGUUCUUCACCUCUUGAUUGGGAGGUCAACGCCAUUGUAAAUUUUUCUGUGUAUAAUUUUCUCACCGAUGAGUAUGUUGCCACUCAAGAUGCAACUGUAAGGCGUUUCCAUGUCUUGAAAACUGAGUGUGGUAUCCAAAAGUUCGUUGACAUUGACAAAUUUAAGGACCCUUCAAAUGGAUAUCUGAUUGACGAUACAUGUGUGUUUGGUGUUGAGGUUUUCGUUGUCAAGACCAUAAAUAAAGGCGAUUGCUUAUCAAUGAUACAAGGACCUGUCACUUAUUCUUAUAUCUGGAAAUUUAACAACUUUUCAACCGCUAGUUCAGAUAUGUAUGAGUCUGAAUCGUUUGUUCGGGGAAACUACAAAUGGAAGCUCCGAUUUUAUCCCAAUGGAAACGGUAUGGGCAAGGGCAAUAGUAUCUCAUUAUUUUUAGCUGUGGAGGUCUUGACUCUCCCACCCAACACUAAACUACUUGUGGAUUACACUCUGCGCGCAAAAGACCAAAUGAUAGGUGGGCAGCAUGUUCAACGAAAAGCCUGUCGUAAGUUCUCCAAUCCGAGUUCAACAUGGGGGUACAAACUGCUUGUGGCCUUGGCAAAAUUUAAAAACCCAAAUAGAGGUUUCUUGGUGAACGAUAGCUGCAUCCUUGAAGCUGAAUUUAAAGUUCUUGGCCUAACUACGCUCGGAAUUGAUUAA